CCCGGGUGCGUGUCAGAGCAGUGUCGUGCCCGUCCGCCAGGCGGCGUGGUCUGUCCCGGAGGCCCAGCUCAAACCUCUGUCUCUCCCCCCGCAUCAGGAGCUGAAUCUGCCCGGGAGAGACCGAGGAAGAUGGCGGCCACUGACCGUUCUCGGUCCGAAGCAGCGAAACAGCGGCGGCAGGACCAGCUGCAGAGAUGGCUAGGCUCCGAGACGGACCUCACGGACCCCGAAACGCGUGGGUCUUCCGCGGGCAGCAGGUCACGGCCCGGUGCCAAGGUGCGGUUCAACCAGGGGGCCGUGUUUAUGGCCGCCUGCUCGGCCGGGGACCGGGAGGAGGUGGCGGCUUUGCUCAGACAAGGAGCCGACAUCAACCACGCAAACAUAGACGGAUUGACGGCUCUCCACCAGGCCUGUAUAGAUGAGAAUGCAGAGAUGGUGCAGUUCCUGGUGGAGAGUGGAAGUGAUGUCAACCGCGGGGACAACGAGGGAUGGACACCCCUACACGCCACAGCCUCCUGUGGUUUCAUUCAGAUCGCCAAGUACUUAAUUGAACAUGGUGCACAUGUGGGGACAGUUAACAGUGAGGGAGAACUUCCUCUGGACGUUUCCACAGAAGAUGCCAUGAGCAGACUGCUGAAGGCUGAGAUUAAAAAGCAAGGUGUGGACGUAGAGCGAGCGCGGGGUGAGGAGGAGCGGGUGAUGCUGCAGGACGCCAUGGCGAUGCUCGCAGGCUCCGGUCACCUUGCCCCCCACCCCAACACCCAGGCCACCGCCCUACAUGUGGCCGGCACCAAGGGCUACAGCCAGGUGCUCAAGGUGCUGCUGCAGUGUGGGAUGGAUGUGGACGCCAGAGACAUAGACGGCUGGACUCCCCUCCACGCCGCCGCCCACUGGGGUCAGGAAGAGGCCUGUACGCUACUGUCCGAACACCUGUGUGACAUGAACGCUGUCAACAACGUGGGCCAAACUCCACUGGAUGUGGCAGAUGAGAACCUGGUGGACUGCCUUGAGGAACUGCAGAAGAAGCAGAAUAUUCUUCGCUCUGAACAGAAGAAGAUCUCUCAGCCUCCGGUCAUAGAGACUAGCCCCCCCAUCUCCAUGGCACCCCUGCGGCCGCGCAGGACGUCCAUCUCUCGUAUGAGCAGCAAAGAGAAGAUCAGCCUCCACGAGCGUGAGCGCGAACGGCACACACCUCCGGCCCUGCAGACGCCGCCCGCCGAGGAGGAGGAGGAGGAGCCUCACCCGGAGACACGCCCCUCACAGCCCGCCUCCAGCAAAGCCUCCAGCAGCUCCAGCUCUGAGGAGGAGAGCGAAUCAGAGAGCGACGUGGAGUCAGAAAAAGCAAAAACACGAGAGAUCAUCAACAACCUGAACAACAAGCGCAACAGUUCUGUUCCCAUAGCUACCUCCACGGCAACCGGCACCAGCGGCAACCAGGUGAAGAAGUCGGAGCCUGUUACGAAGUCUUCGGGCGCUGAUGCCCCGGUCUCUUCGCGGACGUCCCUGCGGAAGGCGGGCAGUUCUGGGGCGCUGGGCUCUGACCCAUCCGAGCCCUCCGAGGGAAGGGGCACCGCGGCCCUCCGGGGCACCCAGAGUGUUCUAGGGGGCAUGACCCGCUCCGCCUCCAGCCCACGCCUCAGCUCAGAGGCAGACAACAAGGAGCCCAGAUUGGCCCGGGUGCCCCCAACCCCGACCCGACGCCUCUUCAACAUCUCUGACAACAACCAAGACAACUCCAGCAGCUGGUUGCUUCGUAGCUCUUCAUACACACGCCGCCUGAACAGCCAGUCUGCCGCUGACGUGACCAGCUCCAACCCAUACUUACCUCGCAGUUCUUCUUAUGGGCGGAGACUUGAUGAGGCACCAGUAACCACGGGAACAUCUUCGACUGGACUCAGUCGUCUCAACAGUCUAGUGGCCCAGAGACAAGCUCAGGAACAGGCGGAAAAGAAGGACCCUGUUUCCGUGACGACCUCAAACUCUGCCACCACCACGACAACGACGACUGGGGAGCCAGAGAAUAAGCAGAGGCGCAAGUCGUAUUUGACUCCAGUUCGUGAUGAGGAAGCUGAGGCGCAGAGAAAAGCUCGUUCCCGGCACGCACGCCAGUCUCGCCGGUCAACUCAGGGUGUGACACUCACAGAUCUUCAGGAGGCGGAGAAGAUCAUAAAGCCAUCUGAGAACAGAGGGAAGGAGAGGAAGAGAGAAGAGGAGGAGAAGGAAGAGAGGAAAAGAGUGGAGGAGGAGAAGGAAGGGAAGCAGAAGAAGGUAGAAGAAGGGGAGGUGACCUGGAGGUCUCGUAUAGCUAACCUGCAGAAGUCUGACCUUCUGGGCCUCACCAAUCCACCUGGAGCCCUGCGUCCCGACAGAAGAGCUGACCCCGAGGCUCUUUUGGCUGAUCUGGAUGAACAGAGGCUCAGAGAGAGGAGGCAAGCAAGAGCCCAGAGAAGAGCACGAGCAGCAGGAGAGAGUUACGACAACGAGCUGAGUGGAGAGGAAGGAAACGGGCAGGACCCGCAGACGGACAGGCAAACAGGCAGCAGGUCUGACCAGUCUUUCAAUGACUGUAUCAUAGGAAGGGGAUCUGAAACAAAGGACUACAAGAAGUUGUUUGAGGAGAUGUCCAGAGAGAACGGAACACUUCAGUCACAACUGCAGGAUACACAGAGGACAGUCACCCAGACCAGGAUGGACCUGGACAAAGCAACACAGCAGAGACAGGAGAGGUUCACUGACUGUUCAGCCCUCCUGGAGAUGGAGAAGAAGGAGCGGAGAAUGUUGGAACGCCGUGUGGCAGAGUUGGAGGAGGAGCUGAAGGUGUUGGGGGAUUUAAGAGCAGAUAACCAGCGGCUGAAGGAUGAGAAUGGAGCUCUCAUCAGGGUCAUCAGCAAACUCUCCAAAUAGAUGGAAAAAGCAACCAAGAGGAAGAAUGACAGAAAAGGGCACGAGACACUCACUCACUCACUCUCUCUCUCUCUCUCUCUCUCUCUCUCUCUCUCUCUCUCUCUCUCUCUCUCUCUCUCCCACACACACACACACACACACACAAUAUCUCUCUCUCUCCCUUCCUCCUCACAUCCCUUCAAGUGCCAAAGAAAAAAAGAGAGAGAGAGAGAGAAAGAGGAAAGAAGAGAGAGAAGAAGGCCUUGUCUGUACCAGCAUAGUUCACAACUGAAUUAGAGACUGCUUCUAUGAUAUAUUUUUGUGUGUGUGUGUGUUUUGUGCGUGUGUGUGUGUGUGUGCUCACUGCCUACAAAUACCCGAGCGUACACACACACACACACUCACCAAGUACCUGCCAACUAUGGCAACCAAUUUUCUGUGACCAAUCAGAGAAGAGAGGCUGAAGGAGCUCAAAUAGAAAACCUCUCUUACACAGACACACACACACACACACACACACACACACACACAGGGAUUAGCACAGUUGCUGUCCUUGUUUGGUUUGACAAGUCACACACACACAUGCACAUUCUCUCUUUACCACGCGUUCCAUCCAUCAGGGUUAGUUGAACCCUGAGGAUCACCAGCACUCUUGGUGUGUUUUAACCACAUACACACACACACACACACACACACUUAGUAGAGGGUUUAACAUCAAUGUACAGUCCAUGUAGGGAUCAGUAUUGAUUUUAUGUAGCAGCCUCACACUAACUGAUGCCCUAACUAUGAACCCUUCUCCAAAUAGCCAGCUCCAGUUAAUGUCCCCUCCAGCACACACAUACCCACAGAGAGACUCAACAACACAAACACACACACACACACAUACACACACAUAUGCAUAUUCCCACACAUUAUAUUUAUUUAUAUCUGUGCACCUAGUCAAUCACCAGGGAUCAGGGAACCCCAUGGGACCACACAAACAGAAGGAGGAGUUCCCACUUCCCACUCGUACCACUUCCCACUCGUACCACUUCCUACGUCCCACUUAUUGCCUUUAACUGCCUUGCGUUCGCUGAGGAGCUAAUGAAGUCUUUAGCAGCUGCGUAUUGGUGUUUUAAAUACACACGGGCAAAACCAGUAAAUGGUAAAAAGCUGACUGAUGUUAUUGGAUUUGCACAUAGGUGUGGAACAGUACUCACAUACAGACACACACACACACACACACACAAAGACUGAAAGUCACCGCACCGUCCAUAGAGGGAACCCAAAAGGACAAGGCCUUGACCGAGUGCCUGUUAACCAAUCAAGAGCCUCCGUCCACAGUUGCCCCCUGCUAAGGGGAAACCAGAGUUUGAAGUGGAAAUGCCUAUUAAUAAUAUGCUAUGCAUUGUUUUGACUUCUUUUUAAAAUAAUUUUUAUUACUAUUGGAUAUCAAGGUAAAGAAUACUGUUUUCAUACAUGUGUGUCGUGUCCGGUUUUAUGUUGGUUGUAAGCUCCUUCCAACUGUUUUCCAGGGAAGAUGUAUUAUUAAUAUUAUUGUUAUUGAUAUUAUUAUUAUUAUUAUAUGUACAAAUAUGAUUCUAAUGAAGUGAAUGAAAACUUGUUAUCCUCCCUCUUUUACACAUGUGUUUCCUAAUAUAUGAUAUGGAUGUCUGCACUUAAUAAAAGCCAUUGUGUGUACGAUGA